UUCUCUCUCCACCUUUUGGAGCAUUUGGCAGCUCCUCCAUUGAAGCAGAAGAAGCGCGGAUCGCCCCCGCUUCCUCUGUCGCUGUCGCCGUCGUUAACCUUUCCCUUUCCCUUUCUGUUUACUUCAUCUCUCUGAAUUCCCAUUGUACUGUUCCUGUCUCGCCGAUCCCCCCCGCGCGCAGAGGAGUGAAGAAAAAAUAUGGAGGAAGAGAGACUGGACUACGUGUUGGUCCCGCUCGGGCUGCUGAUGCUGGCGGUGUACCACGCCUGGCUGCUGGUCGCCAUCGUUCGGAAUCCUAGGAGCACCGUCGUUGGCCUCAACGCCGAGUCUCGCCACCAUCCGUCCAUUUUGGUGUUUCAGGAUCCCCUGAAGAAUGGUGUUUUGGUAGUACAGACAAUACGCAACAACAUUAUGGCAUCGACACUCUUGGCAACGACGGCAAUCACUCUCAGUUCACUGAUCAGUGUUUUUGUGAGCAGCUCAUCCAGCUCUACUGCCGCAGCUUCGCAAUUGGUUUAUGGCAACCAGACUGCUAUAAUCUCUUCUAUAAAGUACUUUGCUAUACUCGUAUGCUUCCUUGUCGCUUUCCUCUGCAAUGUGCAGUCCAUCAGAUACUAUGCUCAUGUCAGUUUCUUGGCCACCCUGCCCACAUCCAAAGGUAAAAAGGAUUCCAUUGAAUACGUUGCCCGAAACUUGAACCGGGGAAGCUUCUUUUGGUCCUUGGGAUUACGGGCAUUCUAUGUGUCUUUUCCUCUCUUCCUCUGGAUCUUUGGGCCGAUACCGAUGUUUGUCUGCUCCGUCAUGAUGUUAUCUGUUCUUUAUUUCUUGGACACAACAACCAGUUUUACGCGGGAACUGCACUGUCAAUCACUGAUAGAGGAGAUAAAGCCCAAUGAUCUCGAGUCGUCAGCUUCGUAAGCGCCGAUGGUAACGGAUUAGUCUGUAGUGAUUAAAUGGUUAUGAGCUUGUUAAAGGAAUGAAACUCGCAUUGCCUUAUGCACUUAUAUUGUAAUCUAAUUGGUGGCGGUGAAAAUUAGUGAUUGGCAUCAUAUUGACUGCACUUUGGUA